CCUGACAUUCAGUUUGUCCUACUUGGUGGAAAUGAUCGCCAGCUUCCACGACACCGAUUGCGUGAUCACGGCUGUGGGUAUCACAGCAUGUGUUUGCUUCAGCGUGGUCAUCUUCUGUUUGCAGACUGAGUACGACUUCACUUCCCGUCACAGUGUUUUUUUCAUCUCUUUAAUCGUCCUGGUUGGCGUCAGCGUCCUCUGCAUCUUCAUCCGUAACAAGAUUCUGCAGGUUCUGUAUGCUGGUCUCAUGACGUUGCUCUUCACCUGUUGGACACACAACUGCUACUUGCCAACAAGGAGCUGGCCCUGAGUCCAGAGGAGUA